UCGCCCAACACCGGGUGCCUCUUUCAGUCUUGUGCGGCCAUCGUGUGCAGUGCUGUUCGUUGCACUACACUCGGUCCAACGUUUCCUUGUGUCCGGCCGUCGAAUAAACGGUACCCGUGACGGCCAUGGCUGGCGCUAGCAACGGAGAAGGUGACCGUCAGGGUGGCGUCAGCCCUCGGUACCGCAUCGUAGACCACGUCCUGCGUCUCCCCGGAGUCAACUGCGCGUGCUGCCGUGCCUCCGAGCGCUACCACGCCUUCAAGGAACGCUUUCUAGUGGUCGCGAUGGCGCUGACCGUCGUCGAGAAGGUAGCCUCGAGCGCCUACGACUGUCUCGCGAAGCCCGUGGUAGACGAGCUCUCCGGGCCGCUUCACGUCGCCGACGACCUCGCCUGCAAGGUCCUGGAUAAGCUCGAGGUUGGCUUUUCGACGACGACCAAGAAGCCGCUCGAGAUGAUCGCCGGUGCCUGCAACUUCGGCAAACGCUGGUGCAGCGACGGAAGGGCGUACGCGCAGGAGAAGAUCAACGCCUGCCGGAGAUUGGCCACCCGUGUUGUCGAUGCCGCGAGCCAUCCCGUGGACACAGCCAUGGCCUUCGCGCGCAACGCUUCCAAUACCGCUUUUCAGCAAGUUGCCGCUUUGGAAUCUACUUGCGACGAGUACAUCGCAGAGGUGGCUCAAGACUGGACGCCGGAGAACGACCCCCGUGGCUUUCUUCAUUCCCGAUUGGUUGAGGUGUUGUGGAAAGCCUCCGUGUGCCUGUCUGCCGCCCUCAACACCUUCCAUCGUCAGGCCUCAGAAAUGGCCGAAAGGAACAUCGCAACUCUCACGUUCAAUCGGGAACUGCUCGCCGAUCUCCUUCUUAAUGGAGCGGAUGAAUUUAGGUGA